GCGGAGGGGGACGCGGAGCGGAGCCCGGCACUCGGCAACGCUCGGCGGUUUCCGUGCAGGCCAGGCCGCCAUUUUCUCUCAGCCUCCCCGUGCGCGGCUCCUGUCCCGCUGCCCGCGCUCUGUCCUGCUCGGCGAUGGACGGCAUUGUCACUGAUGUUGCAGUUGGUGUGAAGAGAGGAUCUGACGAACUUCUUUCAGGCAGUGUACUCAGUAGCCCGAACUCUAACAUGAGCAGCAUGGUAGUUACUGCCAAUGGUAAUGACAACAAGAAAUUCAAAGGUGAUGAUAAAAUGGAUGGGGCUCCUUCUCGUGUUCUUCAUAUCAGGAAAUUGCCUGGGGAAGUGACAGAAACAGAAGUAAUUGCUUUAGGUUUACCUUUUGGUAAAGUAACCAACAUCCUGAUGCUGAAAGGGAAAAACCAGGCAUUUUUGGAACUUGCCACAGAAGAAGCAGCUAUCACUAUGGUUAAUUACUACUCUGCUGUGACACCUCAUCUUCGUAACCAACCCAUUUAUAUCCAGUAUUCCAAUCAUAAAGAACUAAAGACUGAUAACACACUUAACCAGCGGGCCCAAGCAGUUCUUCAGGCAGUGACGGCUGUGCAGGCAUCAAACGCUCCCAUCAGUGGGACCACUGUUAGUGAGAGUGCAGUGACUCCAGCUCAGAGUCCAGUACUUAGAAUAAUUAUUGACAACAUGUACUAUCCAGUAACCCUGGAUGUUCUUCAUCAGAUAUUCUCUAAAUUUGGUGCUGUAUUGAAGAUAAUCACAUUCACAAAGAAUAACCAGUUUCAAGCUUUACUGCAGUUUGGUGACCCAGUAAACGCACAGCAAGCAAAACAAGCCUUAGAUGGUCAAAAUAUUUAUAAUGCUUGCUGUACCCUAAGAAUUGAUUUUUCCAAAUUGGUGAAUUUGAAUGUCAAGUACAACAACGAUAAAAGCAGGGACUACACUCGUCCGGACCUCCCAUCUGGUGAUGGACAGCCCACGCUGGACCCAGCUAUUGCUGCAGCAUUUGCAAAGGAGACCUCUCUUCUAGGGCUUCCUGUUGCAGCUGUUCCAGGAGCUCUGAGUCCUUUGGCUAUUCCAAAUGCUGCUGCUGCAGCUGCAGCUGCUGCUGCUGGCCGUGUGGGAAUGCCUGGAGUUUCAGCUGGUAGCAAUACAGUCCUCCUGGUUAGCAAUUUAAAUGAAGAGAUGGUUACGCCCCAAAGUCUGUUUACCCUCUUCGGUGUUUAUGGUGAUGUGCAGCGUGUGAAGAUUUUAUACAAUAAGAAAGAUAGUGCACUUAUACAGAUGGCUGAUGGAAACCAGUCACAGCUGGCCAUGAGCCAUCUUAAUGGACAAAAAAUGUAUGGAAAGAUUAUUCGGGUUACCCUUUCUAAACACCAGACAGUACAACUACCUCGAGAGGGGCUUGAUGACCAAGGGCUGACUAAAGAUUUUGGUAAUUCGCCUUUGCACCGCUUCAAGAAACCUGGUUCAAAAAACUUUCAAAAUAUAUUCCCUCCUUCUGCAACACUUCAUCUGUCCAAUAUUCCACCAUCAGUAGCAGAAGAGGAUCUACGCACAUUGUUUGCUAACACUGGAGGCACUGUGAAAGCAUUUAAAUUUUUUCAAAGAGAUCACAAGAUGGCACUUCUUCAGAUGUCAACAGUAGAAGAAGCUAUUCAGGCUUUGAUUGAUCUUCACAAUUACAAUCUGGGAGAAAGUCACCAUCUGAGAGUUUCUUUCUCUAAGUCAACUAUUUAAAAAGGCAGAUAGAGAAUGAAGGUGUAUUGCAUUGUUUGGUGUUGUCACCUUUUGACUGUUCAGGAAAGUGGGGACCAGAGUUCGUCUUCUGUUUUUUAAAUUUUUUUUUCAUGCUGUUAUCAUUCCUCAAUUGUUUUAAAAAUAAAAAAAAAAAAGAAAAAAGAAAAAAGGCAGUGAUAUUAACUGCUUUUCAACUGUUCAGCUGUUGUUUAGAUAAACCAUUGUUUUGUUUAAAAGAUUUCAAGUUAAUACCACAUUUUUUCAACUUAGUUGACGUACGUGCCUUAAAAAGGAAAAUUAGUACUGCUGGAAUUGCAUAACUAGUAAAAAGCAAAUUUGGUUGUCUGGGGCACAUUGUUACAUGAUAAUUUAAAUAUGUUUAGGCAGGGGUGUGUAAAAAGGUUAAGUUUUUUUUCUCCUGCUUGAUAGAUUGCUUUAUCUGCUGGCUUGUCACUUAUUUUUUUCUUUUUAAUUGGAUAAGAUGCAUUAUGCUGAAAAACAAUUUUGAUUUUUGCUACUUUUUGCUUUGUGUUCUUUUUUAAAAAAGGCCUUUUAUAUUUCAUUGUUCUGGUCUAGAUUCAGUUAUGAAUGUAGGCAUUAGUUAAAAUUAACAAGGUACAGAAUAUUAAUUUCUUAAAGGACAAAAAGUGACUUCUGUGACUUUGAGCCCUACGUGAAAAGCAUUGUAGAAUCUUAACCUUUUUGUACACACUCUUGUGGGAUGUAUCAUAUAAAUGUCAGCACUAAGUAAUGUCUUGUUUGUGGCUGAAUAUUUUUCGUAGGUGUUUUUGAAGUUGACAUGACUUAUGUGCAUUUCAAUAUAUAUUGCCAUCUUUAGUUUGUAAUUAAGAUAUGGAAUAUGGUUGUGGAUUUCUGAGCAUGUACAGACUGGUCAAGCUAGUUCAGGAAACGGUGCAUGUAUUUUUCAAUGAUGAAGAAAGUUUGCUGCAAAUGCUUGCAGGAAAUUUUGUGGCAGUUUUCUAAAACUGACAACCAGGUGGGACCAAAGUUUAUGUGCCUUUAGUCUUAAUUUACCUUGCAUUGUAAUAUUCAGUUUUAAUAAAUCUCUUCAAAAUAUUUUGUAUUUAGAAAUUGAUCUGACUUUACUAUAAACAUGGCUCAGAAUCUGCAGAUCCAGUUAAUUUAAAAGCAGUUCACUGACAGUCUGAACUGUUACCUUGAUUCUGUUUAAAUGACCAAUACUUUUUGAAAUUGAUGUACUUAGUUUAAAGAUUCAUAGAUUCUGUUAUCUAUGUAGAAAAAAGAAAGGUCAUGUAUAUUUUCUAUUAGUUGAGUUUUUACAUCUUUAGAAUUGUAAAAUUCAGUAUAGUUUGGAAGUGGCACAAUUAAAAAUUAAUUUUCUAACAAA